UAAAAAAAAACAAGAGAAACAAAAAUAGUACUAUCUAAAGUGGGGCAAAAUGUACACUUAUAUCGCUAAGAUUUCACACAUUAUUGUGCUCAUUAGGCGCCGUGACAACUAUGCACUUGUUGGCAAAUUUGUAGUUUUUAAUUUGUACAUGCUGGAUAUCCAUUCGGGGCAAGACCCAUUAGAUCAUUCCUCUAUAGCAGAUUAGCAGCUGUAUCUCCAUGGGAGUUUACUUACAUGAUGUCAUGUGGAAAUUUCUUCUGUUUUGGUUAAAAAAUUUCAUGGGAAAAGUUAUCUAGGAUGGUCCAUAUAUCCACCAUGUGGCAGAUAAAAUGGAGUCCAAAUUUUGUAGACAAAUGGACUCCAAGGUCCCCUACCUACGAGUCCAGUUUCCAAAACAGAGUUCAUCAAGUGGCAAUGCAAUGCUUUGGAUAUCUAAGGACUACAAAAGUGUGCAUGGCAUUUCGUGGAUGUUUGAAAAUACUAGGAUAGAUGGACAUACAUGGGUGGAUGUUUGAUUGAAUUUGAGUUUGAAACUUGACGUGUGGAAUCUUUAAGUUGUUCAAUUCAUCCAGUGGUCAGUUGGCCAAAACCAACUGUCCAUGUGGCUAAAAAAUGGUGAACUGUCCUGAUGAAUUAUUUCCGCCUCCCCCUUUUUAGAAAUAAUUAUCGGGAUACAUGAUAUGCGUUCAUUUCAAUGCGGGUUCUGAUUUCCACCUUUUGUUUCUUCUCCUAGUUUAUAUGCUCCAGGAACAGGAGGCACAUGCUGCUGAGAUGGAACACACUUUUAUUGCAAUUAAACCUGAUGGAGUGCAGCGGGGACUGAUUGCCGAAAUUAUAUCACGCUUUGAGCUUAAAGGGUAUAAGCUUGUGGCUAUUAAGUUAGUGAUCCCUUCCAAGGACUUUGCGCAGAAGCAUUACCAUGACCAGGAAAGACCUUUCUUUAAUGGUCUGUGUGACUUCCUCAGCUCUGGUCCUGUCCUUGCCAUGGUUUGGGAAGGAGAGGGUGUCAUAAAAUAUGGUCGUAAACUUAUUGGAGCUACAGAUCCACAAAAAUCUAAGCCAGGGACCAUCAGAGGUGAUCUUGCAGUUGUUGUUGGAAGAAAUAUCAUCCAUGGGAGUGAUGGACUUGAAACUGCCAAGGAUGAAAUCAAUUUUUGGUUCAAGCCAGAGGAGUUGGUUUGUUACACUAGCAAUGCAGAGAAGUGGGUCUAUGGAGUCAACUGAUCAUUGAUAACCUUGGUCUUGUUUCUUCCCCCCUCCCCUGCUGUUACUACUGACUUCUUGGUGGAAUAUAGUAUUUCACCCUCUGGCAGCUGUUCCUUAGGAUCAGAUGGGUUAGAGAGUGCAAUUUGUUCUUGAGUAUCAGAAUAAAAAUGGUUUUGUAGAGGUGAGUGACUCUGCGGCUCUCCUUUUCUGAGAAAUCUGAAACUGGAAAUUUGGCAAUAAUUCAGUAUAAUUAUUUAUUCAAUUUGAGAAUUGAAUAGAUGGAGAAUUCUUUGGAUA